AUGCCAGCCGAUGUGCGCAAUGACUACCAACGCCUUCACAAAAUGAUAGUCUCGACGUUGCGCGCCCGCGUCGCCAAGAUCACAUUCCGUCGGCCACCACAGUUCCCGGACGCCAUCGCUCAGCUCAUGGAGAACGGAAACCUCCGCAUCAAGUUCGCAAGAUGUACAACCGUUUUUAUGCUCCUCAUUAUAAUUCAAUUUCCCCCAUUUGCAGCAGUGAUUGUUCGAAAAGUGGAGAACGGCGAGAUCUUCAACUGCAUCGAUGGAACUCGCAACAAACGGGAAGCGGUGAACGAGGCGACGAUGCAGAAAGUGAACGAAGUGUACGAUUACCUCGUCCGAUUCGAGCGAUGUCUCGGCGGAAUGGGUGAACUCACUUGCUUUCCGAUCGUUUUCAGUGCGGGACCUAAUAUGUAAUACUAGCAAUCAUUUACAGAUUAUGUAUUCCGUUUUUUGUUCUAGAGGUGCAACUUGUAAUAACUCGCCUUCUUCUUUGAUGCCCUCUACGUCUUCUCGAUUCGCCUUCAGUAACAUCUCGAACACCCAACAGUCGCUGAUGCCCCGUUCGGCCCCGUUCCUCACGAAACCUCAUUCCGCCGCUUCACGUCCUCCGUCGACGGACGCCGCUUCGAGAAGAGGCACGAACGACGAGAACUCGGGCUCCGGAUGGAUUCCGCCGAAAUACAAGUUCAGAAUGGUAAGCAUUCCACGUGUUUUCGGUGCAGAAAUGCGAUUGAUGGCGACGGGAGAUGUAAACGCGCCCCAUCGCACAUUAUUGGUUUCGCAACUGCGGGGAAAAUUAAACGGGAUUUUACUUUUGUUCUGACUCAUUUCACUUUCAUUUGUUCGAAAAUAAGUUUAGUGAACGAAAAAUUUUAAUGUAGUGGUGAAUUUUGUACUCUUCAUACGCAAUUGUGCAAAACUCGCGCUAUUCUGGUCAAAUUAAUUCAGAUUCACCUAUUUUCCCCUAAAAUCACCUUUGCAGGAUUCCCAACGACGAAUAAUCUCAAUCGAAGCCUCGGACGGUCGAGUUCUCCGACAUUCGACCCGAAUUACCGAUCAGUUCAUUUUCAUGGAUCCGGCUAUUCGGCCAGAUGAACAGAGGUUCCUGAGGAGCGAUCGGGUGCCUGAAAGGGCCGUCGAACUGCUCAAAAACCUUUUGGCACAGCGAAGUAGGAACCCACAAAUAUAGUAAUAAUGGUUCCCUCGUCCUUUUUCUUCUCAAAAGUGCCUUUUUAUCCUUUGCUCCACUUGAUCUCUUUAUCCUUUCUGCUCUUGUGAAUUCUCUUGUUGUCUUUCUUUCAUUCCUACCAUCAAAUAGCCUUUUUCUACCAUUUUUGCAUAAAAUAUUCAUCCUUUUAGAUGUCUGCUCUCCGUGAUUGUCUUUUCAUAUGGUUUGCCACCUAUUAUCUUAUCUCUUCCCUUAUCUAUUGUCUUUCCUAACGCAUUCCCUUAUUUAUUUGUUUAUUCAGAAUGGCGUUCCGUUUCGGCCGCAGCCACUGGCAGGAUGCGGACCGUCUCAAUCUGAUGCUUGUUUGUCAGCAACACCAGCAAUGGGAUCAGCGGUUGAAAGCGAUGAGAGAAAUCUACACAAAGGCGAACUACCCACCCGGUUACUUCACUGAAAACGUAAGUUCAUCCUCACUUUCUCAAUCACGAUCGCUUCAUUGCAGUCUUGCCGCGAAGAGCUGGAGAGAUUGAUGAGUCUUCCGACUCCGAACCUCCGUCUCGACGUGUCCACACACUUUGUCUACAGCCGAAAGAUAAUGAUGGAGAAAUGGGUAGAGCACUUCACUUCGGAAGUUCGCAAACAACAGAAGACACAGUCGGAAGUGUCGCUCGUCACGGUGCGCAACAACACGAAACUCAUACAGGAAGCGUUCGAUCCGAACACUUCGCAAGAACGUAUUCUAGAAUUGGUGACGAUCGCGAAACAGUGCGCGGACAAGCACAAGAACGACGGAAACUACAAGAGAAUCGUGGGGUCGUUGGAUGCUUGCAUAAAGGACAAAAUGCAGAGAAAUGGCACGCCAGACCUGGCAGCCUUCGAGUUGCCGCCCACGAAACCGCCUGGAGAUGACGUGAAAAUGGGAACGAGAGGAUUCCUGACGCCCACCCGUUCCAUGACCAUGUAAACAAGAUUCACACGAAUUAUCCUGUGAAAUUCUGCAUUUUCAGCCUCGACUUCAACAUGGUUCCAAUGCUGUCCAUCGCAGACGCAGUCCGAGAAGCCGCUCCGCUCCCCAUUCAGCCAGAACCCGCGGAGCCCGAAAUUCCUUCAUUGUCUUCUCUUCCUUCUUCCUCUUCUAUUCCCGAUGAAAUUUUGGAACCGGAAUUCGAGCCGCCAGUUCCGACUUCGAAAUCACCCGUAAAGAGCAAGGAAACGAAGAAAGAGAGGGAGAAGCCAGUAGAGAAGGAGCCGGAACCAAAAGAAACGAAGAAAGACAUUGUGCAGAAGGAGAAGACGGCCACUCCGGCUGCUUCUCCGCAGAAGUCCGCCGUUCCGGAGUCUCCGAAGCCAGUCAGCCAGCCACUAGUUCUUCAGAAGGUUGCUCCGGCUCAGAAACACCCCAAAAGAAGAAGGAAGUCACGCCGCCACCACCACCGGCAGUUGUCAUUCCGGAACCGCAGAUGAAGGAACCAUCGCCGCUUGAAGUGAAACUUGAGGAGACGUCGAUCAAGGAAGAAGAGGAUAUUGGCGGGAUGACGCCUUCGCAGAACCUAGCCGCCGAAGGUCCAGUGCCGAUGGCACGUGGAAGGGGCCGACCGAGAUCUGUCAGAACAUUCCCGCAUCAUCAGUCGAAUAAGAAAGACGAAAUGGUCCAAAAUUCGUCUGCUGUCUCCACGCCGUCUACUUCUGCUUCGGCUGCUCCAACCAACCCUUCUAAGAAGUCUGAGAAGCUUCCAGAAAAGGUCGAUAAGGGUGAAAAGGCAGUGAAGACCGAAAAAGCAGAGACUCCGACCGUACCGGACACUGCGGAAACCACUCCGGCUCCGAUUCCUUCUGUUUCUGCGAAGAAACGAGUCAACGAGAGCUCCACGGAGCCAGCGGCAAGCAGUUGCAAGAAAUCGCGUAUUCUAUUUCCUCGAAGAAAGAAGGAGGGCACCGACGAGCCUCCGAGCUCCUCGACUCCUUCCUCCAUUCCUCCGGUGCCUCGAUCCGAUGGCUCUUUCGACACAGCGUCCGCAGGCCCGGCGACUCCGGGCACUUCGAGCACGACUGCAGAGAUUGAGGUGCAGACGGACAUCACCAUCAGACAGAUGAUCAGCGAUAUCUCGAUGGGAGAACGUCGUCGGACCUUCGUGUCGGCUCAACCAAUCCGCAAGGGAAGAAAGUCUCAGCUGACUGCCGAGUCCGGCCGUUCUCACUCUCGUGCCUCUUCUUCUGCUUCUACUUCAAGUCGACGCGAGCGCUCGCACAGCCCACGCACUACGCGCAGUGCAUUCUGUCAGACAAACGUCCGAUUCGAUCUGGAGAAAGAUGACGUAGUGGUGAUGAGAGUGGAUCCGCUGCCGAGAGUGUUCUAUACUGUCUACGAUCUGGAUACCACCAGAAAAAUUGUGGUCAACGAGGAGACGUGCAAAGAGAUCGCGGCGGAGAAUGCGGCACUCACCGAUCACAGCUACGAUGUGGGCAAGAGAGCGGCGAAGGUGGACGGAAAGAGGGAGAUGGUGUUCAUUGUGGAGUCGAAGGACUGCGUCGGACAGAGUAAGAUCUACAGAAUACGUACAGACUAUGAUAGAACUUUUUUAGGAUUGAUAACCGAGAAGAACUACCAGCUCGUGUCCCAAACGUGCGAUCUUCCAUCUUCUGGGCCGAAUGAGUCGCCUGUCAAGCGUCCCCGCCGAGAUGAGAAGACGAAGGAAGAUGGUACUAAUAUUAAAGUACGUUCAGAAUUUCAUUUCUAUUUUUAUGACGCUCUUCUCUUUCAGUAUCAAUUGAACAAUAUGUUCCGUGCUCUUUACGACUGUCCGUGGGCGGAGCCAUUCAAGAAGCCGGUGCCGUAUGCAGAGACCGGAUACGAUCUGGGAGUCCGUCAGCGCGUGGAUUUGAGCAUGAUUAAGCGGGAGAUCGAGAACGGAGUCAUCACGACGACGUGUGGAUUCCUGCACAGAGCCUAUCGAAUGCUCUCAAACGCUCUCAUGUACAACGGAUUCGAUCACGAAGUCUAUGGGCAAGCCAAGAAGAUUGUGGAUCGGGUCAUGAUUGACAUCACGUCUUCGCUGCAAGACGAGCGUCGCGGAUCUCAAAGUCGCCGUGGUCGUCAGGAUAACGAUCAGAGACCGACUUCGCGUUCCGGAUCGAUGGAGCCGGAGCCAAUGACUCCGUUGGGAGCGGUCGGAACGAAGAGAGCCAUGUUCCGCAAGAAUCCGAACGUGGGCAACCUGACAUCGACGUCCGGAAGCAUCAAGAGCAAGAAGAGCUCGAAAUGA